AUGUCGCUGGAGCCGAACACGAAGGCGGUCUUGACCAUGAUCCUUGCGAACGACGUGGGCGUUAAUUUCGCCACGUUGGUGCGAGGUGCUCUGGAGGACGAGGAAGUGCGGGCGGCGUUCGGUCUGCCGGAUUUCGUGGCUGAUGCCCCCAAGCUCUGGCGCGUGAUGACGCCCGAGGCUGCCAUGGGCUCCGACGGCCUCCUCGCGCAGACCACGCUGUUUCCCAGGGACCUCUCCGCGCAUGACCUGCAGGGCCACGCGAAGGAGCCCAACCGACACAACGUGGCCUUCUCCAGGUGCAUUCUCUUCGCUUCGUCGCACGAGUGCGAGGAGUGCUUCGACGACCGCGACGCGGCCCCGCACUGGCGGAGGCAUCGGGCUUACACCUCGGAUGCAGGCGGCGACUUGGACAUCGAAAAGAUCGACUGCCGCGGGCCCGGCGCGGAGGGGCCUGCGCGGCCGGAGUGGUUCACGUCGCCCGACGGCGCUGCGGGGGCAAGUCAGAUGUUCCGCGCCGUCACGACCUUCCUGUCCCCCAUCCCGCGCGUGGUCGCGAACCUCCGCAAUCGGGCGGCACGCGUGCAGGUGCGCCCGCUGACGGCGCAACCCAUAUCCAUCGCGCAGGCGGUCGGAGACGCCUGCGAGUGGAUGAUGGGCAGAGGAGCCCAGCCAACGGCCGCUCGUGAGCAAACUUCGCAGGCGAUGCCUCUCCAGACUUCCUCGUGGGUGAGCCAGCCCGACAUGUACGGUCUCGCGUCGGACCCGACCGCGCUGCACGCAGUUCGAAGCCAACUACUCAAGCACUUGGGGAUCGUGGUUCAGAACGGCCGAGCUGCGAUUACGGCCAUGUACUUGGACGCCACUCGGCUCUUCCCCGACGCUUUCGCGGCAGAGUUUCCCUUGCGGGCGACGCUCAUGCCCAGGAAGAGGCUGCGCCUGGGCGGCGCUGUGCUGCGAGAGAGCUGGGAGGCUCGCGCUGCUUUGGCAUUGGCGUUGGAGCGCCCUGGUGGCGGCGACCCGAGGAUGCUCAUGUACCAGUUCCUGGGGGAUAACAAACAGCGCAACCGGGCAUCGGCGGACCCGCCCAACACUUUCCCCUUGCACUUCCGCGACAUGCCGAUCAACGUAGCUCAGGCUCUGGCCGCGACAAUACUUUUUUUCACUGGCGCAGAGAUCUCGGAGAAGAUGGUGGUCGUCCGCCCGCGAGCACCGACGCCUGAGCACCGUGAGGAGGCCGCGGACGUGAGUCGGGAUAUCAUAUACGCAGCGAAUGCAAUGUCUGGAAUUCUUCGCAGGAGGCACGGGCUCCCGGCCGGCGUGCAUUUGCCGCGCGCACCCAACUCAGCUGGCGCCGAUGCCGCGCGAAAGUGCGUGGAGGAGGCGUUCAACUGCAUUCUCUGCUCGAACACGGGCGUGCUGGAAUAUUUUUCGAGCCAGGGCGGCGAGAUCAGGGACUUUUGUCCGCUCUGCGAGACGUGCAACCUGUGCAGUGGCAGCGGCUGCUGGCCCGACGAU